UGCAAAACAAUGCAUUUAGGACAAGGUUUUAAAUUCAGCAUGGGUUGACGCAGUGCUCUAAAAAUGCGUGGUGGAAGUUCAGAAAGACUGGUCGUGCGAGCCAAGCGUCGAAGAGGAGAUACACGCGCCAGACUCACACGAUACAUAACAAUUUCAUUGGCAGCCGUGCUCUGUGGAGGCAGUUCAGCGUUACUUUUUCUCGUGCCGCUGUACGCAGACCCAGCGCUUAGUGCGUUAGCCGCUGACUUCGAUCCAGUCCCUGCGGAAUGCGUAACAGAGAGACGCGAUGAUAGGCUCGGACUCGACAACUGCACUUGGGCAUCUUGCCGAGAAGGAUGCACUAGCGACGCAUAUAAAUGUAUUCAACUGCACGUCAAAUACAAAGCAUACGCUGAGGAUUGGCGUCCGGCAGUACUGUAUGUAAACAUAAAAGGAUGCGGUUAUCCACCAGCCGUGAAUUGUGAGAACUUUACGCUCAACUACGGCUACGUGGGCGCCAGGUACCCAUGUUUCUGGUCUCGAGCGGACACCACUGUCGUAGUGCCUAGAUGGUCAAGGGGAGAGCAAGUAGCGACUGUGACGAGGACACUAGCUUUGCCGCUCUUUCUGUCUGGAUGCGCGGGAAUUGGCCUCUGCGCUUUGCACUGCGAGUGUCGACCGCGACGCAAGCGACGACCACCACGCCGGCCUCCACGUCUCCCGACAUUGUCUAUUGACGACACAACCGUAUACCGGCUGGCUUAGCUUAGCCCAAUAUCAAAUUUCGUCUUCAAGCACAUAUAGAAUUGAUUUUACGUGUGAAGUUACUAUUAAAUUAUCGUGUCUUUAGUUUGCUAUAAGCACUAUGGAAUUUUAUUAUAUCUUUCAGAUUCGAUCGUAUAUGAAUAGCAACAAUUUUACUGUAGGUUAAGUACCUAGUUAUAUUUCUGUGUGAAAUAAUUAUAUUUUAUUAAUAUUGGAUGAGAGUUAUGUUCUUUAUGUGAGUUCAAUAAAAGCCAAGGAAAGA